AUGAGACUUAGCUGCAAUGGGUGUCGCAUUCUCCGCAAAGGUUGCAGCGAUGACUGCACCAUCAGGCCCUGCCUUGAGUGGAUCAACUCUCCUGAGUCCCAAGCCAACGCCACCCUCUUCCUUGCCAAAUUCUAUGGUCGCGUUGGCUUGCUCAACCUCAUCAAUGCUGCUCCACCACACUUUCGCCCAGCUGUGUUUAAGUCGCUGAUGUACGAGGCAUGUGGGAGAAUUGCGAACCCGGCUUAUGGGUCACUGGGUUUGUUCUGGACCGGUGAGUGGGCCCGAUGCCAAGCUGCUGUUGAUGCUGUGCUGAUUGGAUCCGAGAUCAAUGUCAUGGAACCUUCUGUUUGGCAGCUGACGGGGACACGUGGCAGUGAGCAUGUUCUCCAAGCCCGUGGUAUACGCCACGUGUCCAGAGACACUGACAUGGACCAAUUGAAAGGAAGGGCCCGGUUCAAGAGGACCGGGAAUGUGAUCAGGCCCAAAGCGAGAGUGGGCUCAGUCGACUCGUCCGCGCUGUGGAAACCGGUUUCUAAUGAUGAGCCGGGAAACAAAGGGGGAGGAUGUGUGAGUAGUGGGAGCGAUGAAACAGUGGAGGCUUCGUUGAUGAACCAAAACCGAAUGGGUGAGGGUGAUGCUGAAGUGGAGCUGGAUUUGGAACUCACUCUUGGCGGAGGCGGCUUCUGUCGUUUCCCGCAUUGA